GUGGCACAGGCUCCUUGCCUGUUCUAACUUCUACCUCAGGUUCUGGGUCUCCAGUCUCUCAGCUGGUCUUAAUAUGGCUGAAGCACUAGCACAAGCUCCUUCACGAACCCGUACUUCUCCCCAGUUAUCUGUCAAGAUUCAAAGAUGCGAGGAACUGGCUAUUAAGCAAUCAAGGCAACUAAUACCAGUAACAUCUUCAAUGCCUAAGGGUUUGGUUCUGAAUUCAGUGGAUAAAUCAAAAGCCAAACCAGCCGUCAAAACAAGUGACAUGAGUAUAACUAUAAAGAGUGGAAAACAACAAUACAGUAAUCAAUCUUUCCACAGUGGACGUGUAAAGUCUGAUACGGCAAAGACAACUGGAAAGCUUUUGGUUCUCAAACCAGGAUGGGAGAAUGGGGCCUCAUCCCUUUCUCAAAAAGAUGUUGCUAGUCCAACGAAAAAUGCCAACAGAAAAGUUGCCACUAGCCAACACGCUGUUGCUGCUGUUACAUCUGCUUCUGCUAGAAACUCAAACCCCCCAAAGUUUUCUGCUGGGGAACGCAAGGCAGCUACCAUGAAUCCAAUAUCUGGGUUCACUGUGGAAAAGAGACCUUCCUUGGCUCAAACCCAGAGCCGAAAUGAUUUUUUUAAUCUCCUGAAGAAGAAGACCUCAAUAAACACUUCAGCUGGUCUCUCAGAUUCAGAUCCUCAUAUUUCAUCUUCCACCAUACUGAAAUCUGAAGUCUCAAAUGAGGCAGCCAGUGCAUCAGCACCUGCUCAUGGUAAUGAGAAUUGUACUGCAGCAACUAACAACAAUGGCACAUGUCAAGAUGCUAAAGGAUUUUCUGAUGAUGGUGAAAAGGAUAUGAUCUCCUUUGCUAUGGUUUAUCCAGAUGAAGAAGAGGCUGCAUUUCUUCGUUCUCUUGGCUGGGAAGAAAACUCUGGUGAGGAUGAAGGCCUUACAGAAGAGGAGAUCAAUGCUUUUUGUAAGGAGUACAUGAAGCUCAGGCCGUCUCUGAAACAGUGUAGCAGCAUUCUCCCAAAGCUGGCUCAAUCUUUUGCAACUAAUCUAGAUGGGCCUUCUUCUGAAUCAAGCUCGACUAGGUCCGGGAGCUUGACUUUCUUUAUCCCUACAUAAUAAAUCCAAAGAAUUUCCAGAUUUGAUGGCUGAUCUUUUGGAUUUUUCCCCUUUUUCUCCUCACUUGGAUAUUUCCUUCUGAUGAAAUAGCUGCCGAGUGGGGAAUGCAAAAAAAAAAAAGGGGGUGGGUUGGUGUUUUCUUCCUUUCAAGAGGGUUCAAUUUUACAAGAUAGAGAUUAUUGGUGUUUUUGAUCAAUUUUACAUAUAAGAAAAGAAAAA